GGCGCGUAUGCUAAUCCUUUGUGACUGAUUUGUCGUGAAAGAUGGUGUGUCUCAUGAUAAAGGUCAUUUUGUGUUUUUCAACGGUUUACCACUAUUCAGAAGCGAGAGCUUUAAAACAUAAACAUCACAAGAGUGAAUGCUACUCAGACUCAGAGUGUCCAAAACACCACGUAUGCGUUUUCAAUCCCGAAUUUGAUUGUGGUUGCGAUCCCGGGAAAUGCUUCAGAUAUAUCAGUGCUUGUAACCCCAACCCUUGUCGGCACUGGGGCACUUGCACCAGUUACUCGGCCAAUUCAUACAGUUGCACAUGCGCCCCAGGGUACACUGGCAUCAGUUGCGAGACAGAAAUAGAUGAGUGCAAUUCAAACCCUUGUAAGAACGGAGGUGUGUGUGUCGAUGACGUAAACAGUUACUACUGCAUGUGCGCGCCUGGGUACACGGGCUUGAAUUGCGGAACAGUUCUAGGAGUUAGUGCUUGCAGACUAAACCCGUGCAUAAACGGUGCGCAAUGUGUCGAUAUUGGUUACUCGUUCAUGUGUAUAUGUAGUCCAGGUUUCACCGGAACCUACUGUGAGACAGAUACUGACGAAUGCUAUCCAAACCCUUGUCAAAAUGGGGCAACAUGUCUUGAUGGUAUUGAUCAUUACACGUGCACGUGCAGUCCGGGAUUCACUGGUGUUAACUGUGGGACAGUUCUAGGACUUGAUGCCUGUCGUCUGAGUCCAUGUAGAAAUGGUGCAGCAUGUUCCAGCAACGGCAUUUCUUAUAGCUGUACCUGCAGUCCUGGAUACACGGGAACUAAUUGUGAAACAGGAAUCGAUGAGUGCAUUUCAAGCCCAUGCAAGAACUUCGGGACGUGUGUUGAUGGCAUUAAUUCAUACAGCUGCACGUGCAGUCAAUGGUUCACUGGAACAAAUUGUGAAACAGUUCUAGGAUCCAGUGCCUGUAGUGUACAGCCAUGUCAGAACGGUGCACACUGCUCCAAUGUUGGCAACUCAUACAUCUGCCUCUGUCCCCCGGGUUUUACAGGAUCCAAUUGUGAGACAAACAUUGAUGAGUGCAGUUUGAACACAUGUCAGAACGGGGCAACAUGUGUUGACGGCGUCAAUUCCUACAGCUGCACGUGUUUCCCAGGAUACACUGGUCCUCAUUGUGAGAUUGAAAUAGACGAGUGUACCCCAAACCCAUGUCAGAAUGGGGCAACAUGUAUUGACGGCGUUAAUUCAUACAGUUGCACGUGCAAUGCAGGUUACACCGGAAUUAAUUGCCAGAUAGUAUUAGGGACGAGUGCUUGCAGUAUGGACCCUUGUGUAAAUGGCGAUUGUGUCAAUAUCGGCAAUUCAUUCAUGUGCGUUUGUAGUCCAGGAUAUACUGGCACAAGGUGUGAGAUAGUAUUAGGGACGAGUGCUUGCAGUAUGGACCCUUGUGUAAAUGGUGCUUGUGUCAAUAUCGGCAAUUCAUUCAUGUGCGUUUGUAGUCCAGGAUAUACUGGCACAAGGUGUGAGAUAGAAAUCAAUGAGUGUAGUCCAAAUCCAUGUCAGAAUGGGGCAACAUGUGUUGACGGCGUUAAUUCAUACAGCUGCACGUGCAGUGCAGGGUACACGGGAAUUAACUGCCAGAUAGAAAUUAACGAGUGCAGUUUAAACCCUUGUAAAAACGGGGCAACGUGUUAUGAUAAUGUCAACUCUUACAGCUGCACGUGCAGUUCUGGAUACACUGGCUCAAACUGUGAAACCGAUAUAGAUGAAUGUAGCCCAGACCCUUGUCUAAACGGGGCAACGUGUAAUGAUCAAGUCAAUUCCUACAGCUGCACGUGCAGUCCUGGAUACACUGGCACUGACUGUGAGACAGAUAUAGAUGAUUGUAGUCCUAACCCUUGUCAAAACGGGGCAACGUGUACUGAUGGUGUUAAUGGCUACAGCUGCACGUGCAGUUCGGACUACACCGGAACUGACUGCGAUACAGAAAUUGAUGAAUGCAGCUCGAAUCCUUGUCAGAACGGAGCAACUUGCAAUGUUGGUGUGAAUUCUCAUAGUUGCACAUGCAGCCCUGGAUACACUGGCACUUAUUGUGAAAUAGACAUUGAUGAGUGCAGUUCAGACAAGUGUCAAAACGGGGGUACGUGUACUGACGGUGUUAAUUCCUUUAGCUGCACGUGCAGUGCGGGAUACACGGGAAGUAAUUGUCAGACAGAUAUAGAUGAUUGCAGCCAAGACCCUUGCCAAAACGGGGCAACGUGCUCUGAUAAUGUCAAUUUCUACAGCUGCACGUGCAUUCCUGGGUACACUGGCACUAACUGUAGAAAAGAUAUAGAUGAAUGUAGCCCAGACCCUUGUCUAAACGGGGCAACGUGUAAUGAUCAAGUCAAUUCCUACAGCUGCACGUGCAGUCCUGGAUACACUGGCACUGACUGUGAGACAGAUAUAGAUGAUUGUAGUCCUAACCCUUGUCAAAACGGGGCAACGUGUACUGAUGGUGUUAAUGGCUACAGCUGCACGUGCAGUUCGGACUACACCGGAACUGACUGCGAUACAGAAAUUGAUGAAUGCAGCUCGAAUCCUUGUCAGAACGGAGCAACUUGCAAUGUUGGUGUGAACUCUCAUAGUUGCACAUGCAGCCCUGGAUACACUGGCACUUAUUGUGAAAUAGACAUUGAUGAGUGCAGUUCAGACAAGUGUCAAAACGGGGGUACGUGUACUGACGGUGUUAAUUCCUUUAGCUGCACGUGCAGUGCGGGAUACGCGGGAAGUAAUUGUCAGACAGAUAUAGAUGAUUGCAGCCAAGACCCUUGCCAAAACGGGGCAACGUGCUCUGAUAAUGUCAAUUUCUACAGCUGCACGUGCAUUCCUGGGUACACUGGCACUAACUGUGAGACAGAUAUAGAUGAAUGUAGCCCAGACCCUUGUCUAAACGGGGCAACGUGUAAUGAUCAAGUCAAUUCCUACAGCUGCACGUGCAGUCCUGGAUACACUGGCACUGACUGUGAGACAGAUAUAGAUGAUUGUAGUCCUGACCCUUGUCUAAACGGAGCAACGUGUACUGAUGGUGUUAAUGGCUACAGCUGCACGUGCAGUUCGGAUUACACCGGAACUGACUGCGAUACAGAUAUUGACGAUUGCAGUCCCAAUCCUUGUUUGAACGGGGGAACAUGCCUCGAUGGCACCAAUACGUACACGUGCACGUGCAGCACGGGCUACACAGGAACCAACUGUGAAACUGUUUUGCCGUCAUGUGCCGAAAAGUACCACACUAUUGGUGGAACAAGUCAUUCUGCUUGCUUACCAAAAUCGGACGGAGCUACAGCAACUGGUGUAUCAGAGGCGGACAAAACCAUCAUACUAGAUCUUCAUAACCAGGCUAGAAGGGAUGUUGUUCCUACUGCCUCUAAUAUGGCACUCCUUUCCUGGGACGACUCUUUAGCUAACAUAGCGCAAAAAUGGGCUGAAACUUGUCCUGAUUACCACGACUUGCCCGAACACAGAGACGACUUUGGUCGAUAUACUGCUGGGCAGAACAUGGCUUUAAACACGUCUAGCUGGACAGAAUCCAUACAGUUAAUGAUAGCCGAGAAGCAAUUCUAUGACUAUGACACUAAUAGUAGUCCCACUGGGGAUGUGAUUGGACACUAUACACAGAUUGUUUGGGCUGAAACACUGAAAGUGGGUUGUGGUUAUGCGUACUGCAAUGGUAAUGUGUUUGUUUGCAAUUAUGGACCGGCGGGGAAUAUUCUAGGAGAGAAGCCGUACACGCAAGGAACGCCAUGUGACAGUUGUACCAGUGCAUGUAAUAACGGACUAUGUGAUUGCGGCGGAAUUGACUGUUUCAAUGGUGGGUCAAUAGACUGGGACACGUGUUUAUGCACCUGCCUGUAUCCAAACAGUCACGUGCAACCUAAAUGUGCAUUGGAUUGCAAUAAUAUGGUUGAGGAAUCUUUUUGUACCUCUUGGAAUGAUGCGUGCCUUUAUGCAGCUGAAGGUUGUGCGAACACUUGCGGAUGGUGCGACUCUGCCGGGUACCAAGACUGAGGACUACUGAAGGUGGAGCCAGCACUGAUAUAAAAGUAUUUGCAUGAUGUUCCGUGUAGACCUUCUGCAAGAAAUUAAAAAGAUCAUUAUA